UUAAAAAUAAGCUAGAGUUGAUGAUAAUUGAAUGUUAAGAGAAAAAGAACAACAAGCAUGUUUUCAUAAACUAUUUGUAGCAGAUUGAGGAUGAGGAAAGUAUGGACAGGCCAGGCAGUUGGACGGGCAGAUAGCUAAAUAGGCAUUGAAACAUAGUCGGGAUGUGUAUGUAGUGUAAAUUGCAGUUUUCAAAAGAUUAGGAAGUCCUUCCCUGUCCUAUUUGUUGCCACUUUUUAACCUCUUAAUUUUACCUCUAGUUGGCAGGUGGAGGCCUAGAUCACUUAUUUUCAUUAGAGCACCUCAGGAGAUAAUUAGCAAAGCCAGUGAGGUAUGUUGUCUCAUAUGAAGGGUGGGAGGUGGGGUAGAGAGUAGCUGAUAAGGAUAAAACUGCUCUUUGCAGAGGUAUUCAAACUUUAUGUUCCUUCCUCACCAGCUAAGUGACUUGGCAUUAUGAACCCUGGUAUUGCCUCACCCCUUCCUCCCACCAACAUUGAUGAAAGAUGAACUUGAUUCCCAUUUUUGAAAGGAGUAUUUCUUCUGGAAUUGGAUUCUAGCAGUGUGCGUGUGUGUGCGUGCAUGCACACACUCACAUUAUAUCCUGUUACCCUCCUGUUACCCAGAGAGGAGUGGAGUGGUGGAGGAAGAUACGUGCUGUGAUUAGUCAGCUUGCCAUUCCCUCCCCCUCCAGAAGCUCAGGCCCCAUCUGGGGAAACUGAGAACUUAAGAAACUUGAGACAGGGAAGGAGGACAGGGAGCAGCCAAAACCUGCUGAGUCUCAGAAGACUGGUUUCUGCGCUGGGGAAUGGAAGUGACUGAAGGUGGCUGUGGAUUUGACUCUGUGGCCUGAGAUUGAUUCCCUUGAGAUAAAUUGUUUUCUGGUGGUGUACCUGAGAGCAAAGUGUUGGGAAGAGGAUACCCUUCUUCUUUGGGAAAUUUCUUUUACCUAAUUGGAGGUUUGAAAGAUGUGCAGACUUCUGUAGUUCUUGUACUUAAAAGCUGGUGUUUAUUGAUAACUGUUUCUUUUGAUUCAUCUGAAAUGGAAUCAGACUGAUCAGUGCAAAUCCAGUUUGCCGAUGACAUGCAAGAGUUCACCAAGUUCCCCACCAAGACAGGCCGCCGGUCUUUGUCUCGCUCCAUCUCCCAGUCCUCCACCGACAGCUACAGUUCAGCUGCGUCCUACACAGAUAGCUCUGAUGAUGAGGUUUCCCCCCGAGAGAAGCAGCAAACCAACUCCAAGGGCAGCAGCAAUUUCUGUGUGAAGAACAUCAAGCAGGCAGAAUUUGGACGCCGGGAGAUUGAGAUUGCUGAGCAAGACAUGUCUGCUCUGAUUUCACUCAGGAAACGUGCUCAGGGGGAGAAGCCCUUGGCUGGUGCUAAAAUAGUGGGCUGUACACACAUCACAGCCCAGACAGCGGUGUUGAUUGAGACACUCUGUGCCCUGGGGGCCCAGUGCCGCUGGUCUGCUUGCAACAUCUACUCCACUCAGAAUGAAGUGGCCGCAGCACUGGCUGAGGCUGGAGUUGCAGUGUUUGCUUGGAAGGGCGAGUCGGAAGAUGACUUCUGGUGGUGUAUUGACCGCUGUGUGAACAUGGAUGGUUGGCAAGCUAACAUGAUCCUGGAUGAUGGGGGAGACUUAACCCACUGGGUUUAUAAGAAGUAUCCAAACGUGUUUAAGAAGAUCCGAGGCAUUGUGGAAGAGAGCGUGACUGGUGUUCACAGGCUAUAUCAGCUCUCCAAAGCUGGGAAGCUCUGUGUUCCGGCCAUGAAUGUCAAUGAUUCUGUUACCAAACAGAAGUUUGAUAACUUGUACUGCUGCCGAGAGUCCAUUUUGGAUGGCCUGAAGAGGACCACAGAUGUGAUGUUUGGUGGGAAACAAGUGGUGGUGUGUGGCUAUGGUGAGGUGGGAAAGGGCUGCUGUGCUGCUCUCAAGGCCCUUGGAGCGAUUGUCUACAUCACAGAAAUUGACCCCAUCUGUGCUCUGCAGGCCUGCAUGGAUGGGUUCAGGGUUGUAAAGCUAAAUGAAGUCAUCCGGCAAGUUGAUGUCGUAAUAACUUGCACGGGAAAUAAGAAUGUAGUGACACGGGAGCACUUGGACCGCAUGAAAAACAGUUGUAUCGUGUGCAAUAUGGGCCACUCCAACACGGAAAUUGAUGUGACCAGCCUCCGCACUCCAGAGCUGACAUGGGAGCGAGUGCGUUCUCAGGUGGACCAUGUCAUUUGGCCAGAUGGCAAACGCGUCGUCCUCCUGGCAGAGGGUCGUCUGCUCAAUUUGAGCUGCUCCACAGUUCCCACCUUUGUUCUGUCCAUCACAGCUACAACACAGGCUUUGGCACUGAUAGAACUCUAUAAUGCACCUGAGGGACGAUACAAACAAGACGUAUACCUGCUUCCUAAGAAGAUGGAUGAGUAUGUUGCCAGCUUGCACCUGCCAUCAUUUGAUGCCCACCUGACAGAGCUGACAGAUGACCAAGCAAAAUAUCUGGGACUCAACAAAAAUGGGCCAUUCAAACCCAAUUAUUACAGAUACUAAUGGACCAUAUUCCCAAGGACCAGUCCACAUGAACCACACAACUCUAAAAGAAAUAUUUUUUAAGAUAACUUUUAUUUUCUUCUUAUUCAUUUCCUGUUGAUUUUUUUUUUCUAUAAUUUCAUUUUUGUUUUUUCAUCUCAUUAUCCAAGUUCUGCAGACCACACAGGAACUUGCUUCAUGGCUCGUUAGAUGAAACUGAGGUUCAAGGUUCCUCACCCUAGUCACUAAAGAAGGAUUUUACUCUCCCAGCCCAGAAAGGUGAUUCUUCCUUUCCCAUUUCUGGGGACUUUAGUCUUAAUUGGGUACCUUAUUAACAGGAAAUGCUAAGGUACCUUCCAUGUUGAACAAUCUGCAAUGUCUAAAUUGCCUUAAAAGAGCCCAUUUCUUAGCUGCUGAAAUCAGUGCUCUUUCACUUCUUCAGAGGAGCAGGGAUGGUACCCACCAGCCAGGUAGGUUAGAUGCAGGUGGCGCAUGUUCAUUUCCCCAGAUGUUCCAAGCCCUGUUUCCUGUGUGAAGGUGGUGUGUCUGGUUCAGAGAUGUGUAUUGUUAAGAUCCAUUUGGUCCACUUGGAUUUAGUACAGCCCUUCCUCCACUCCCACCAGACCUUCUCAUUUUUCAGGUUUUUAACCAGACUGCACUCUAUUCAGUUGAAUUUUGUCCCUUAGCAUUGAUUUCUGUUGUACAAAAAAAAAAAAAAAAAAAAAAAAAAAUGUUUAGUGUUAACACUGAGGAACUGCUUGGGUGAUUAGUUGUUACCAGUUUCUCUUUUGAACCUUUGAGCUGAGAGUACACGGUUGAGUCUAGAGAAGUGCUGAUCUCAAACUCUUGAUAAGUCCCUCUGUUUCUAAGCCCAUAGUUUAUAGCAUCAAUGAACUGGGGCCAUAACGGCAAAUUCUAUCAGCUCUGCCCCAUACAGCUUGUGCUGAUGGCAAAUUUCUUGAGCCAUUACUCAGUCUAAAACACUGAGCUCUAUCUUUAGGAUUUAUCCUUUAAGAGCAAAUUUCUGGUCAGCUGUGCUUUUGCAACCUAAAAUAUUUAAAGGGAGGUAGAUGUGGAUGGGAGGAAGAAGGAUAAAUUGGGCCAGGGUGAGGGAAAUAUAGUUCCGUAUAACUGGUCCGGGACUUUAGGCCCCAUGUAUAAUGUUAGCUUCACGGAAGUGGUACCACUUUUAAUUGACACAUUUCACAAAGAGUUUUUGAACCAAGAUCUUAAAGGGCAGUUUGUGCACAGAGAAGGUAAUCCGUGCGUCCUGGCCCAUACUUGGAAAGAAUCCCUAGAGAGGCCCUCAAAGAUUAGAGAGGUGUGUUCCCAUGCCAUGCACCCUGCUUACCAGCAUUUCUGCAUGGUCCAAUGAGCUUUAUGCUCAUGAGCUUUAAGUAUAUAAUUAUCCAGGAUUCCAAAUCCUCAACUUGUUCUAGCUGGUGAUCCUUCAAAGUUGGGUCAGGCAUUAGUGCUAGGUACUAGAAAUGUUCAUUUCUCUGUUGCCAUUGAUCAGAGAGACAGACAUUAAAAAACAGUAACAUACGAAAGGAAAGCUUUCACUCUGCAGCCUUCUAGCAGAGUCUUGCCAAAACAUUUUUCCUUUUCCUCUCCUAGUUCUCCCCCACCCAGCCCCUUCCCACUCCUUUUCUGUGUGACCAUGCUUUCUUUUCUGUAGAUGCUAAUGGUUCAAGCCCUUUUUCCCCAGGGCAUUGAACCAGCCAAUCAGAACACCCCAUCCUUUAGGGGAGGUAACCUGGCCAACAGUGGUAUCCAUCGCAUCAGCUCUGCUAGAGGGAAGGGGCCCAGGUCCCGCAGCCUCUGGCCUGCCCCCUGCUCCCCAUCUAUUUCUGUGUCCAUAGGAAUAAUAGGUAAGGGUUCCAUCUCUGUCAAGCCAUGUAACAAAGGACACUGUGGGAAAAUGUCUGGCAUCAGAGGGAGCGUGUGGAGAGCAACUUGGGAGGAACAAGUUUAUUUUGUAUUGAAUGAUUUUUAAUGAAUGCAAUAUUAAUCCUUGCAGAUGAGCAAUAAUCAUUAAAGUCAAUUAAAAUGAUAAGACCUUA